AUGCUUGGGGACCUGAUAUCCUUCUCCCAAUUUAUUAAUUUCUAUUCUAUUAAUAAUUCCUUCUCAUUUUUCCAGGGCACCGAUGAUCGUCGCAAUUUCCUGCGUGAAGGUAAAUAUUUCCACUGUGUCUGCGCACGCUGUGAAGAUCCCACCGAGUUGGGUUCGCACAUGAGCACCCUGAUCUGCAAUAAAUGUGCCACAAAUAAACAAGAAGGUUUCAUUAUGAAAAUCGAUGCGAAAACAUGGAAAUGUUCCAAUUGCCAACAUUGCCUCAAAAAUGAGCAGGUCGAAACGAUAUUGGAAAAAGUCAAAGAGGAAGUAUUUCAUGCCCAAGAUGAUAUACGACAUUUGGAAUACCUGCUCACCAAAUUACCAACACUCCUUCACAAAAAUCACUACAUCAUUGUGGAUGUUAAACAAAAUAUUGCCAAUAUGUUAAGGUCCAUAAUACGCAAUAGCCUACAGAGGCCCGGAAGGCAAUUGUAUGAGAGGAAGAUUCGAUUAUGUCAAGAAUUGGUUGUGCUACUGCAUAUAAUACAACCGGGUAUAUCGAGAUUAAAAGCUAUUGCUUUAUAUGAAAUGGCAAUUGCAUCGGCGGAACUGUAUCGUUUGAAAUUUGGUGAAGAUGAAAUAAAUGCGGAGGAGUUGCAGGAAUAUCUACGGAAAUGUGAAGCAAUGUAUAGGGAAGCAAUGCGUUUGUUGCUGUACGAACCACCAGAAACUCCCGAGGGACAAUUAGUUAAGAGUAUAAUUAAUGAGUUGAGAGAUUUACGUAGUGAUAUCCAGUUGUUGGAUAAUCCAUUGCCUGAUCAGGGUGCAGAUGAAUAA